UUCGGGGAGGUCACGUGCCGCUGUUUGGCGCUUUUGUGCGCGCUCGGGUCUGUUGGUGCUCAGUGCGGCCAGGCGGCUCGGACCGGGCAGGGCUUUCCUUGCCAGUGGAUUGUGUAGAAUAUAUUGCCAGGCUCUUGUCUUCUGUUCACCAUGGCUUCUUCUGAUAUCCAGGUGAAAGAAUUGGAGAAGCGUGCUUCAGGCCAGGCUUUUGAGCUGAUUCUCAGCCCUCGAUCAAAAGAAUCCGUCCCAGAAUUCCCCCUUUCCCCUCCAAAGAAGAAGGAUCUUUCCCUGGAGGAAAUUCAGAAGAAAUUAGAAGCUGCAGAAGAAAGACGCAAGUCCCAUGAAGCUGAGGUCUUGAAGCAGCUUGCUGAGAAACGAGAGCACGAGAAAGAAGUGCUUCAGAAAGCAAUCGAAGAGAACAACAACUUCAGUAAAAUGGCAGAGGAGAAGCUGAAAACCACAUUGCUGCUUUAUUUGACUGAUGAUAUAUACUGUUUUUUACAGGACAAGCACAUUGAAGAAGUGCGGAAGAACAAAGAAUCCAAAGAUCCUGCUGAUGAGACUGAAGCUGACUAAUUUGUUUUGAGAACUGAUUUUCUCCCCCUCCCCUUCCUAAAUAUCCAAAGACUGUACUGGCCAGUGUCAUUUUAUUUUUGCCCUCCUGACAAAUAUUCUAGAAGCUGAUGUAGGACCAUAGGUAGAUCCAAAUUGUAUGAUGUUGUUUUAGGGGUUAAAGGGGAGAAACUGAAAGUGUUUUACUCUUUUUCUAAAGUGUUGAGGUCUUUCUAAUGUAGCUAUUUUUCUUGUUGUAUCUUUUCUACUUCAGUACACUUGGUGUGCUGGGUCAAUGGCUAGUACUGUUUUGGCUCUGUGAAAACAUGUUUGUGAAAAGAGUAUGUAGUGGCUUCUUUUAAAUUGUUAGAUGCUGAAUAUCUGUUCACUUUUAAAUCCCAAUUCUGUCCCCAUCUUACCAGAUGCUACUGUACUUGAAUGGUUAAUAAAACUGCACAGUGCUGUUAGUGGCAGUGACUUAUUUCGACCCAGGUAAUAAACUGCCCAGUGAUGGAGA